AUCUCCAGGAGAUAGUGAGGAGAUUAUCAUUUUCAUUCAAUAUGUACAUUUUGAUAUUCUUUGCUGUCGCAUGUUACAUUGUCUAUCAUCUCUUCAAUGUCUACCGCGAGGCGUCGUCAAGGCUUCCACCAGGACCAUUCCCACUUCCAUUCAUCGGAAACCUCCAUCUCCUCUCCAGCAAGCCAUACGUGGAUAUGGCAAGACUAGCACGCAAGUAUGGUCCCGUUUAUCGUCUUUGGAUGGGACGUAACCGCGUUGUUGUGAUUAAUAACUGUGCAUUUGCCAAGGAAGCGAUGCUCAGACGAGGGACCAACUUUGCUGGAAGACCACAAAACUCAUUUAUCGGGGACAUAUUUUCUAGACACGGUAAAGAUGUAGGUUUCCAGACUUACACAGCAAAGUGGAAGGCCCAAUCUAAAGCUAUUGCAUCGAAUAUUAAUGAAUACAUCCGACAAAACAAAAUGGAGGAUAUGAUAACCGUCGAGCAUUUUCCGUUCGCCAUCAUCAAGAGUAUCAAACAUGCUGUUAUGGUACGCGAUAGAAUCCUCAACAAGAAAUUUGACGAACAUAAAUUGGACUUUGAAACACAAGCUUCACGGACUGGUGAUCUUACUGACCUGUUGAUCGAUAUGACGUACAAAAGAUCCAGCGAAGACCCCGAGACUGUACCAGAGUAUAGAUUAACCGAAGACCACAUUACUAUGACAAUUAAUGAUGCCAUUGCAGCCGGAAGUGAUACCCCGAUUAAUAGCUUUCUGUGGAUUUUGUACUUUCUGGCCAAGUACCCCUCAGUCCAGAAUCGUCUCCAACGGAAAAUCGAUGACGUCACGGAUCCGACUUUUCCAAUAAAAUGGGAGGACCGCCGUAAAUUCCCUUAUUUGGAAGCUUUCAUCGCGGAAGUUUUGCGUUUUACAAGUUUUAAUGCUCUUGCGGUCCCCCACAAGACCAUUACUGACACUUCACUCGGUCCUUACAACGUGCCUAAAGGUACUACGGUGUUAAUGAAUGUGUACGCCAUCCAUCAUGACCCUGASGUCURGGAGAACCCUGAAGAAUUCUCCCCAGACCGGUUUCUGGACGAAAAUGGUUCCUUCAGUAUUGAGCGCAGUUCCAAUAUGGUUGCGUUCGGAAUCGGUCACCGCUCGUGUCCUGGAGAAGCCUUGGCAAAGAUGGAGAACUUUCUGUUCACAUCUCAUAUCUUACAGAAGUUCAACGUAGUGGCCGAUAAGCAUGUUGGUCUACCAAGCGUCACUGAUGCUACAUUUCGCAUUACAUUGCAGCCAGCGGAUUUCAAAGUGGCUUUUUUACUGMGAGACUGACGUGUUUUCCUUCAGUUCAAUUUUACCAGGAGAAAUGUUUUUUCUUUGAUCAGAAAAAAAACUUUCACAAAACAUUAAUGGUUAUUGGUUUCAACUCUUUUACAGUCUUUUGCAAAAAUUAUGAGAAUUGUUGAAAUAUCGAAAUAUCAUAAUAUCGAGUGCAUGAUGGGUAAUCCCGCGCGAUGCCCUUGGACCCUUGUCUUUGUAGUUUU